ACACACCAGCCCUGCGCUCGUGCCCUACCGUAGCUGUGACGCACUGGCUGACAGGAAACCGACGCAGGUGGGACCGAGGGGCUGGACUCUUCCACUGAGCUCUGCCCCGUUCCUCAACCGAACGAGAGGGCUCCCGGCUCAACUCGAGGCUCGACACGACGCCCAAACAAAGUUUGACCAAAGAGGAAUGAAUCGUAAACAGCGGCUAGUGGAGAGGGGACGGUUUCGGCUACUGGUUGGGAUACUGAGCAGCGAGACCCGCCGCGGGAAAAUACUCAUGGCAGUCGAUAGCGGCGAAGCGAGUCGGCGCUCUAGUGCGAGCCUCAACGUUCGCAGUGACGGAGAGGAAUGCCCGACAGCAUCCGCGGCGACUACUACGAAAACACGGGGUCGGAAAAAGACUGGGAAAAGUCCGACCGGAGGAAUGGUGUUGCGAGGGAAGGAAAACACUGCAGAUACUCAGGGAUCUCCUCCGCGCAGAAGGACGAAGAGCUCGGCAGAAGGGGUGGAGAUGCGGGUGUCCUCCACUCACGAAAGCCCCUCGGUGAUAAUGGACGAGGACAGUAACGACAUCUAUCCGGUUGGACAGUUCUUUGGGAAUCUGGACCUUCUGCCGGAUUAUCCCGAGCGGCCCAGCACCACGGAGGCGGGUAGCAGGCGAGAGCACAGACGGCGGCACUACUAUGCCAAAGAGGAGAGCGAGGAGGACGAGCCCCAUUAAGACUCAUAUUUAAAUAUUCUUGCUAUUCGGAGCAGGCACACGGUGGCACUGGCGUGCUUGACUGAACACACGUGUGCUUGGAAUGAAUGCAGCAUAUCUGGAGAUUCGAUCACGAGUUUCUUCACCACCAGCAGCGCGCGAAUGAAGCGCUCGCGCUCGACCGACAUCCUGACGGGCAGCUCCAGCCACGCUCCAGCUGCCUCGCGCGGCGUGCCAACACGUACUGUUCUAUGGCUCCAUGGCACGAUCUCCAGCUCCAACCCAGAUCUUUCUCAACCAGCUAAAGGAUACUUCGCCAAAUGUUGCGCCAUCCGCACUUACAAUCUUUCUCAGCCUCGGAAAAAAAGCAGGAGUUGUCACAAAAAUGACCUUUUU